AUGUCUUUUAGGAAAAGAAGUGAGGUUCUUGGAGCGCCAGGUGGCUCUCCGAGAGUAUUAAGUCGUGGCGCAGGCCCCAACAGGACCCCCCAACAGCCGCCACUCGCAAGAGGCAUUACACCCCGUGAUGUUCGGAGCGUUACAGGUGGAAUAAGUCGCCUUUCGGUGAGAAACACGCCGGAACUAUCUCCCGUGGUUACAAAAGGACUAGAACUUGACGCAUCUCAUCCCGGUAUAAGGCCUUCUCCUGCAACUUCACAGCCAGCUACAUCGACAGGCUGCCGCGAUCUCGAUAAAACUCUGGGCCAUAUGGGUCUGCCAAUUGGUCAAACGCUUUUGAUUCAAGAGCAGGGUACUACUGACUUCAGCUCAGUGCUCGUUAAAUGUUUUGCAGCUCAAGGCAUUGUGCAUAACCGAGUGGAGGGAUCCAACGCAUUCGUUCACGGAAAUACGCACCUGGUGGUUUUGACGCUGAACCAGUUCUUUGCAAAGGAACUUCCUGGUGUCUACCAAGGCUCUAGGAAGGAUGUUAAACGUUCCAAAGUUUCUUUGACUGAAUCUAAAAUCACUGUCCAAAAUACUCUUGAAUCGGGCGCUGCGCCAAAGGAUUUGAAAAUAGCGUGGCGAUACGGACUCAAUGAUGACUCGGCCAAAAAUAGCAAACGCAGUGAGGCAGAUCUUGAUACCUACCCUAAUUAUUCUCAUGCAUUUGAUAUUACAUCGCGUCUAGUUCCUGCACCCACAUCUGCAGAACUCACAUUAAUUUCUCCCAACCAGCCGCUUGAUGCUGUUUUGUCCCAGCUGCAGACGGUGUUUCAGAGGCAUGAUAAAAAGUUGAUUCGGGUUGUCGUGCCCAAUUUGCUGCAUCCCGUAAUGUAUUCGCCUGAAUAUUCUCAAUUGCCAGUAAUCGUGCCGCUGUUACAUGGCAUCAGGUCCAUAAUCAAGAAGAAUAGUGAAAGAGCCGUGCUGAUUAGCACUAUGUCCUCUGACCUUUAUUCAAAAAGCGGCUCGCAAUUGGUCACAUCGAUAGAGAAUAUGUUCGAUGCCGCCAUUGACCUUGAGCCCUUUCCCCAGGAAAUGUCCCAGUUUUUGGAGCGCGUUUAUAAAUCACAGCCCCAAAAGAUUCAGCACGGCCUAGUUCACCUAAUGAAGCUUCCUCUGCUCAGUGACAGAGGCGAAAUGCACGUCAGGAGGUCUGAAUACGCAUUCAGAAAUGGCAAGAAGAAGUUUGAGAUAGAGGCUUGGGGUAUUCCCAUUGACGACUCAGAAGUUCAAGAAUCCAAGGGUGGUAUUGAAAAUUCUGAUUCUUCUAAAUCCCAGACUACUGUUUCUCUAGACUUUUAG